UCUUAUAGUGGCCAUAUUGUCAUCGUUUUGAGGCGGUAUUCUAAAUUACUGUUACCAAAUCAUAACCAUGCAGGAUAGCCGUACCAGCCGCAGGGGGGAGAAGAAGCGUAACAAACCUCCAGCGCAAGCACCACAACAGGACGGGAACCCGGUUCACGAACAAACACAUCGCAUUAUCAACGAUUUGCCCAUCACCCCGACCAUGUUCGACGGCACGUAUCCCGCGUACGAAGAUUUUACCACCACUCUCGUGUCGGAAUCAUCCGUGUCCGAGCUUAGCUUCUCUUCCGAAUCGCCGGACAGUGACACGACCGUCCACCAUCGGACGGCCGAUCCGAUCGUGGAGCUUCCAUCGACCCCGUUGCGGGAUGGUGUCGAGUCGCGCGAGUGUGUCGCGUGCGAAACCAUCUCACCGGGCACGAUCGGAACCGCACUCGGAUCCGGUACGGUGCUGAUGCAACGAUCGUUGGAAAAUCGACUAGCGAAGCAACUGGAACAAAUGCACGCGCUGAUGGAUGAUAACGAUGAGGAGCAGCAGCUGGUCGUACUGAAGCAACCGAGCAUCCGUUCGAUGGCGUCACAUCCCGCCUUCAACAAGGAGCUGAUGCGCGGCUUUAUGGAGCACUCGGAAACGAUGUUUAGCCUGGUGCACGAUACCAACGGCAACAGUAACGCGGCCAACAGUGUACAGUUCGUGAUCGGAAUCGAGGAAGAGGCGGCCACCGACACGGAAGCGCCCGGCUGUUCACACAGACCGGCUCGUCGGUCGAUCGUUGUGCCGACCGUAACCGAUGGCAGUCAGGAGAGCGAGUUUAUCGGAUGCUUCAGCAAGGACAACGAUAUGGUGCUGUACAAACGGACGAUGCCGGAAGGAUUGAAAACCGAGCAUGAUGAUCGGCAAAGCAUCGAAACGCUUAUUGCCCACCAUGCCGAGUGUCUGGUGGAGGCGGACAACGUCACCAAACCGCGGGUACACGUACGGCAGGGCAACGAUGAGAAUUUGCUAGCCUUGCUAACGUUUUCCGACCAGUCAUCGGCCAUACUCAAAACGUCCAGUGCGAUGGCGGAAGCGGUUGAAACGGAAGAGGAACUUAACCAAGCGAUACUUACCACCUACCGGCAGCUUCUCGCUAAACCGGACGAAAUGAUUUCGAUGCAAACACAAGCCGCUUCCGGCCGAAAACAGUACGGAUUGGAGACGGCCACACCGAUCCACACCCAUCAACUGCGCGCCGACGCAAUGGAUAAUCUUUCGACCGCCACAUCCAGUUUCGGGCUUUCGAACGAAUCACCCGUUGGUAUGGUGGUGCAAGGAUCGAGCAAAAAUUGGAUCAAAUGUCCUGCAACGCAACAUGCAGCCGAAAUCGUUCUCAAUCUGCGUUUGCUACUGGAGGAGUACAUCCUGCGCAACAUUUCGGUUACCGGGACGGUACUAAAGUUUGUCUCGCACGUCCUGUCGGAUGUGCUGCAAUGCGCCCAGCAGGAUAUUGGACAAGAAUUUCGGCAGCUUGGCUUGGUGGAUAAAAUUAAGCGCGUACUGGACGAGCUCCUGAUGCCACAGGAGCUUGAGGAUCCGGUCCGGAUCGUGAACCGGUUGCAGUAUACGAUCGAGGAGAUACGAAGCUACCCGAUCGGUGCACGUACCGUGAUGAAUGACGAGGACGCAUGGAACUGUGUGCUUAGAAUGCUGGAAAAGCUGUCCUGUGAAUUGGAUCACGAAAUAGAGCAGCCGGAACGGUUUGUGGAAGCGUUACAGUAUGGAAUAAGAAGGGUGAUGGAUGCAUCUACCGUGCGAACCGACCAGCAAGCGCCCAACGUUGUCUCGAUUGAUCCUUCUCCCGUGCAACAGCACUCAGCUUUUCCCAGCACUUCCAGCAUUCUGGCAAUUGACCGGUACGAGGCACCUUCGGUAUCGUUUUGCCGACCGUACACAUGCUUCGUAGAGCGCAUCCUGCUAUGCGUUUGGUCAGCACUGGUGUGGAUAGUGAAUCAGAUGAAUAGUUUUUGGAACUUUCUUAAUGCUCCUCCGCCGCCGCUUCUAUCUGAUCCUUCAGCCACCUUCAAACGGUACACCGAGGACGAUGAACAGCUCCACGGCCAGCAGACUGAUCGGGAACAGUUGAACGAGGUAAAGAACGUGUUACGAAUUGCGCUCGAAAAAUCUUCUGCCCGUGCAGCGGAAAACGACGAUUCGAACCGUUCGGUGAACGACCGUUCGCUGGAGAUGUUCGCCCAGCUGCUAAAUCAUGCCGGUAACAUUGAGCUAAAGCAUUCCGACUCCCACCACAACAUUCGGCUGCAGCUGCACACGAGCAUUUCGGGCGUGCUGGAAAAACGGGAAGCGGACGAGUAUAUGACGAUGGCGGGAAACAUCCGUGACCACGAGGCUAACGUGGCCGUAUUUUUCGAGGCCCGUAUCAUUGCGCUCGAAUCGCUGGCAGAGGUAGAAUCAUUUAUGGAGUGCGUUACCCGGAUCGAGCGACUGUCGGACGAGGUGGACGGGUGCAGUGACGAGCUGUCGGACGAAACUGUAAUUCACGCUCCGUCCGGAACGCACCGACACGACGACGGUGAGUUGGUUGUCAGUGAGCUGAUUCACGAUAUGGUAGCGAACGGGCACUAUGAACAACAGUUGCAGGCGCUCAGCUCGCUAGAUGCGGAACAGUUGCUGCAGGAAAUAAAGCAUUGUUUGCAGGAUUUGUUGGCUCCGGUUACAACGGCGGUACAUAAAAUAUUCGAACAGUUCGCUAGGGAUGAAGUGGAGAGUACUUCAGUCACCGGUCCGGCGGAAGAGUUGGAUCCACGGAAUGGUGUGAAGACGGAAGAACCGGGUACGUCUUCAGAGAACGAAGCAGAAAUUCAGGAUGAGAGUGUAGAAGAAGUCACUAAUCCAGUUUUACUUACAGACGACUCCAACGAGGACCAACUCGUCGAAAUGCGUACAUCGGUGGUAAAAGCAGGUGCGACUGAAUCACAGUUGUCGGAAUCGCUGCAAGAAUUGCUCGCACUCUUCCACGUUACGAACGAUCGGCUAGCAUUGAUUGACACGGAUAUCACAGCUAUUCGAAAUCAGGUCCAGCAGCUUGUCGCUGGACAGCAGUACCAGCAAGGACCUCCCGAAGGUACGAAUCCCAUCCAGACCGAAGAGCGACGCUCGCGACGCAAAUCCUCCGUUAAACAUGCGCAAACACCUUCCGCAGCUCCGCUAGCUCAAUGUCCGCUGCAACGUAAACCGAUAGCACUGUGUGGAUCGGGUGGUGCAUACUGUCCGACAGAAAUCUACUCCUGUCAUGCAGUGGCACCCGAUGUGCUAGUCAUUCACUGGCGCGUUUUGGAUGAGAGUGUGCUACAUUGCAUCACUGGUUUCGAGAUUUACGUCGAUGAUCGGUUGCGUUCGAUGUGCUAUUCGAACAAACGGCGAACGGCACUGAUUGGUAAUAUAGAUCUACAGAAACAUCACCAUAUUACGCUGCACGUGACGUCUCAACCAGAUACGGAUGGGGGAACAUGUCAGCGGGCAGCACAAUGGGCACCGGCCUUCUUUCUGUAUCAUACGUGAAGUGAGCUUUUCGCUAAUCGAAGGCCAUUUGAUGCAAUGAUUGAUGGAAAGUUUUCAUUUAGUAUGCAUUUAGUAUACUCUUACGGCGUGAAGAAAGGACAAUUUGUGUUUUUGUUUCUGAAUUCAACUAUAAAUGUAUGUAU